CCAGGCAGCCGUGGAAGGUGCCCAUUUCUCCCAGAUUCCUCGCGCGCACGGCCACGAGCGCGGAGGCUGCCAAACCCACCAGCCCUGGGUUCCGAAGCCGCCCCUGGCUCUCCACUCCCUCGCGGGCGCGCCCCGGGCCCCCGGUGGCGGCCAGCUCCCACCGGUCGCUCCUGCACUGCCCUGCCCUGCCCUCCCCGGGCCGCCGCGCCCGCGCAGCACCGCCUCCUUCUCUAAAUACUGCCGGGUCCGCCCUCCGCACCAGGACGCGCGGUGGGUAGGGUGCAGGGCGGCCGGCGCAGCCGAGGCCGCGUGCGGAGGCGGACGCCGCGCCCAGCCAGUGCCCACAGCAGCGCGGUCAGCCAGGCGCCGGACCCAGCUUCAGAGCUGCUGAAAUCUUGGAGGGAAGAAAACACAUCCCACCCUGCCUCCGGGAAGGGGCCUCUCCUGGACAUGUCUCCUGCAGCUGCUGCUGAGCCAGAUGGGGACCAGCAGGACGGACACGUCAGCAAACUCAUCUUCUGCUUCUUUGUCUUCGGCGCCGUCUUGUUGUGUGUGGGAGUCCUGCUCUCCAUCUUUGGGUUCCAGGCAUGCCAAUAUAAGCCCCUCCCAGACUGCCCCAUGGUGCUCAAGGUGGCGGGGCCUGCAUGUGCCGUGGUUGGGCUUGGGGCUGUGAUCCUGGCCCGCUCCCGGGCGCAACUUCAGCUCCGUGCAGGGCUGCAGAGAGGUCAGCAGAUGGACCCCGACCAAGCCUUCAUCUGUGGAGAGAGCCGCCAGUUUGCCCAGUGCCUUAUCUUUGGGUUUCUGUUCUUGACAAGCGGCAUGCUCAUCAGCGUCCUGGGCAUUUGGGUCCCUGGAUGUGGCUCCAACUGGGUGCAGGAACCGCUAAACGAGACAGACACUGGCGACUCAGAGCCCCGGAUGUGUGGGUUCCUUUCUCUGCAGAUCAUGGGGCCCUUGAUUGUGCUUGUGGGAUUGUGUUUCUUCGUGGUUGCCCAUGUUAAGAAGAGAAACACGCUGAAUGCUGGCCAGGAUGCCUCUGAGAGAGAAGAGGGACAGAUCCAGAUUAUGGAGCCUGUCCAGGUCACUGUAGGUGACUCGGUAAUAAUAUUUCCACCCCCUCCACCACCUUACUUUCCUGAAUCUUCAGCUUCUGUGGUCGCUGAGAGUCCUGGAACUAACAGUCUGCUUCCGAAUGAAAACCCCCCUUCAUAUUACAGUAUUUUCAACUAUGGGACCCCAACUUCAGAGGGUGCAGCCUCUGAAAGAGACUGUGAAUCUAUAUAUACCAUUUCUGGGACGAAUUCGUCUUCUGAGGCCUCACACACUCCACAUCUUCCAUCUGAAUUGCCUCCUAGAUAUGAAGAAAAAGAAAAUGCUGCAGCUACAUUCUUGCCUCUAUCUUCUGAGCCUUCCCCACCAUAAACUAUGGACUCCAGUUCAGUUUUAUAUGCAAUGGAUCACUAUUUUAUUUAAUUUUUUUAAAUAAAAAAUACAAUAGCAUUGGCUA